CGUUCAUCACCGGUUUGUGUCCUGACGUCACACGGAGGAAGAAGAAGCUCCGCGUCGUGUUGUUGUCCUGCGGGGUGAUGUAUCACUCUGUCGGUCACUCUCUGGAUAAUGGACGCAAUUAGUUUAAUUUGUAAGCCGGAGGCACAAGAAGCAGCUGAUAUGUGUUAGCAGCGGUGACUUCAGGACUGUGACAGACUUUGGAUGGAGUCAGCACCCACGCUUUCAUUGUUUUGUGUCGUCAGUGCAAAGAAGCACACGGUUCUGGAUUCAGGCCAUCCUGCACAUCACAGAGAGAAAUAUGGUCAAGUACUUUUGUAACAGUACGGACAUCAGGAGCGCGUGGGACCAUGUUGUCUCUGCUUUUUGGCAGAGGUACCCUAAUCCAUUCAGCACCCAUGUUCUCACAGAGGACGUUGUGUACCGCGAGGUGACUGCGGACCACCGGCUCCUCUCCAGACGCCUCCUGAUGAAGACCAAUCGACUGCCUCGCUGGGCGGAGCGGCUCUUUCCCUCCGGCAUGUCUCGCUGCGUGUACAUCAUCGAGGACUCCAUCGUGGACCCCGUCAACAGGAGCCUGACCACCUACACCUGGAACCUCAACCACACCACUCUCAUGUCGGUUGAAGAGCGUUGUGUUUUCCAAGACUUGGCGGAGCAGCCAGCCACCACCCAGCUGAGACGGGAAGCGUGGAUAUCCUCGAAUGUUUACGGCUUCUCCAGACCUAUUCAGGAGUUUGGAUUGGCCCGCUUCAAGAGCAACCAGGUGAAGGCCAUGAAAGGGCUGGAAUACGCGCUGUCCAACUUACAGGGAGAGACGCCCCAGCGGCUGCUCAGGGACACAGUGAAGGAUGCUUCAGAGAAGGCCAAGGAGGCGGCAAAGAGCCUGGCUUCAGCUGCUGCCGUCCCACAGAAACCACAGCAAUACGUGUAAACGAGACGGGAGCGCGAAGAGCCGCACAGGUCCCAGACUCUAUGUAUGAAAACAUAUUGCCUUUUGUGGAAGGUUUCAGAUUGUGACCAGCAGCACACUUUAAUGCUGUAACUACGUCCGUCAGGUGUGAGCGCACCGUUCUGUGUCUUUGACAUAUAUUUUAAUGUAUCUAUUUUAAUAAAAGUGAGAUUAUUUUCAUGCUGAAUAA